AUGGCAUUUCGGCCAACUCAUGCAGGAGAUGCAUCAGCACCAGGUGCUGGUCAAGGACCUGGUAGUUCAAGACGUUUAGCUCAACAGCAGGCACAAAUUGACGAAGUUGUGGAUAUAAUGAAGGAAAAUAUUGAUAAGGUGUUAGAACGUGAUAAAAAUUUGUCACUUCUCGAUGAUCGAGCUGAUAAAUUACAAAGUCAUGCAGCUCAAUUUGAGCAACAAGCAGGAAAAUUAAAAAACAAAUUUUGGUUACAAAAUAUGAAGAUGAUGAUUAUUAUGGGAAUUGUUGGUACUAUUUUUAUUGGUGUAGUAGGAGCGUACGUUUAUACAAAUUAUAAAGCAGUUGCACCUGCGUUUCCAUCGAUUGAUGUAGGAGGAACGACUACUCCAUCGGUAAAAGAUGAAUUACCGAAAGUAUCUGCUGCUCCCAUAACUACACCAAUUGAAGAAAAGGUGACAACAAAACGGCCCAGACGUCGACGAAAGAAAACAACAAUAACACCUAAUCCAGCCGGUUCAACAGUAGUAUCAACAAACAAAAGUGAUGAAUCCAAUAAUGGACAAGAUACUUCGAAAACUGUUCUGAAAAGAAUCAUUCGUUCACUUAUACAAUAG